UGUCACUAUGCUCAGCCAUUUUCAGCCCGCCUACUUUUUUCUUUCUUUGCUAGACUCCCAAGAGAAUCAUCGGUCCUGUUUUAUUCUAACAAUUUUGGGCUGUGGACUUUUUUCUCCCGGAAGUUGGAAUGUGUAAAUAUGAUUAGUGGACAGCAAUGAUUAGCGGAUGGAUGGAGCUGCUUCCUUUUGUGGCAGUUUCUGCCACAAUAUACCGUCCAUAUGUGACUCUGCGCUACUACGUGUCCUUCUCGUGACGUUGUCUCUUCUAUGUGCUGAUGUAGAAGCUCUCCAGGUGAUUGGUGGAAGUGUGACAGUGGAACAAGGAAGUACCGCUAUCUUAUCGUGCUAUGUCAUUGAUACCAAUGAUGACCUGACACAGAUUACCUGGCAGAGGAAGACGAGAGAAAAACCUCACAAUGACAAUUUCCUCACUAUCUUACCCAGAGAGGGAGCGCAGUUUGUCAAUGGAGAUGAUGAUCGAUUUAAAUAUAUCGGGAAUUUUAACAACAAAAAUGGAACUCUCCAGUUAUCCAAUGUUGCCCUGAAGGAUGAAGGCAGAUACACGUGCAUCUUCACCUUGUUUCCCAGUGGAAAUCAAAAGACUGAGAUACCUCUAAACUUGCUUGUGCCUCCUUUCACAAACAUCAAGGACAAGCUUCCCACUUUGGGCACUGGAGAGGUUUUAUUUGCUACCUGCACGGCUGCUGGUUCGAAGCCUCCUGCAGAGGUGAGGUGGCUCACUGGUGCUUUGGGAGAAAAUGUGAGGACAACAACAAACUCCACACAGCAUAACAACGGUACGACUACCACAGUCAGCUCUCUGUUUGGUGUGCCUAUGAGAGAGAUUGAUGGUCACCAGGUCCAGUGUGUCAUCAGCGGUGACUCCCUGUCUAAAGAAGAAACUCUGCCCUUCACCAUACAGGUCUACUUUUCUCCCACAGAAGUGAACAUUACGGUGAUUUCAGAGGACUCGUUCGAGUGUGUGACAGAAGCCAAACCAAAUGCAAACUUUACCUGGAGCAGAUCUGGCCAGACUUUGCUGGAGUCUUCUGUCAAAGUAGACGGUGCAAAGCUACAACUGCUGAGCCUGACCUCUGAUCUAAAUGGCCUCUAUCAGUGUGAAGCAUCUAACACAUAUGGGAGUAAGCGUGGUCAGCUCUAUGUGCAUGUGGCAUCAGGAGCGUGCUCUGCUGCAUGGGCCUUACUUGGUGUUUUGAUUUUUCUGACCAUCGUUGGGGCUGCAGUAUGGUACUUUUAUACACAUGAAGAUCAAAGCUCUAUUGCAGUGGUGUUGGAGGGAUUUUUAAUUAAUGUCCCAAAAAUUCCAGGCAUAGGUUUAGACUUUUUUGGCGGCGUGUCCCAACAAAUCAACCAGCUGGUGACAGCGCAGCGCAGCAAGAACACCAUCAGAUGGAGCAAUCUCCCUGACAGCUGUGGAAGCAAAGGAUGGACUAUAUCUGGACUGAAAGCUCGACCAACAUGACAUUCUCAAGUCAGCUGGUAAAUGAACAGAUGGAGAACCAGUGGACAUAAUUGGUGUUCGUUUAUCUCUCUGCCCCCUUUUUGUUUAUCAUCUCUUAGUUUUUAAUGAAGUUUAUUUAUAGCUUUCUUGUCACUACCACAGCAUUUAGGGUGUACAUACCAGCUCUGGCUAAUAUGAGUGGCAGUUUUUCUGUGACUGUUAACAGAAGGUGACUGUUCUUUCUGUUCUUCAUCUCCUGAUAACACAAGCCGUUAAGCUACUGAGGAUAUCAACCCACAGGGCUUCUUUUUAAAAUAAUGUUAUCAGUGUUAUCAGUACACCGCAGAGACCAUAAGGUUCAGACAGCACAAACAGUCAAGCGAAGCACACCGUCUGAAUACCUUGUAAUUCCAACCAGUAAGAUUACCACAUAGUAUAUAAUACUUGAGUAAUACAGCCCCACCCUUGUUUGUACAUGGGGGCGAAAGCAGAUGUUUUGCUCGGAUAACCGAACAGAAAGCAUCAUACAAGGAAAUUUGAAAGAGAAAAAAAAAAUCUUUAAAAAGGUUAUAAUGAGACUUUGUUACUGUGUUGAAUCAUAGGGUUUUUGUUUGUUUUUUAAAAAUAAUUUUAAGAAAAUUAAAGGUCUUCACCCUGCUGAAAUCUUUUCAUUUAACUGUAAAAAGUAAUACGUUGCAGCAUUUUCCAGGAGAGUGCAGCUUUCCUGGAAAAUGAAAGCUACACUUUCGUUUUCCAGGAAAGCUGGAAAAUUUGGUUUCUCUCAUUAAUCAUUAAUCGUAAUCGGUGUAUUUGCUUAGAUUGGAUGCUGCAGUCUUUGUGAUCUGUCUCAUGUUUCCUGUUUUACUUUGACAGUCCCUGUCCUGUGUAAAUGUUUUCAGUUUUGCUCCCCCUUCGUCUCGUCAUGUUUGAUUACUCCCAGCUGUGCUCUCCUCCUUUGUCCCAUUCCCUCGUUAUCCCUCUGCGUAUUUAAGCCCUGUGUUUUCCUUGUUCUGUGUCGUGUUGUACCCUCAGUGUGCUGUGUUUUCCUCUCUCUGUUUCUGGUAGCGUUUCAGUUCUCUGUUCACAGUUUUGUUUCCUAGUUCCCUGGUUUUUCUAGUUAGUGCUUUGUGCUUUGAGUUUCUAGUUUUAGUUUCCUUGAAUUCAUAUUCAAGUUUCCAGCAAUAAAGCUGCUGCCUUUAGUUUGUCAUUCAGUCUCCAGCAUUUGAGUCCUACCUCCUGCCUGCCACACAGCACACCUUGACAACGUAUUGUUAUUAGUUUGCCCUUUGAUGUUAUCUUUCUAUUUUUCUUAUCUUCACUUCCUGUCAUAAAGUGCAGUGUGAGGAAUGAUUUAAAAAAGGAACUGUUAAGCGAAGUAAACAGUUAAAUUCAGGCACAGAUCCAAAGUAAGCAUAGGGUUAUUGAUACAGAAGUAAAAGCAAAGAUUUGUCCAGGUGUAGGAAAGAAGUAUCCCCUACAUCCCCCUUCAUGAAUCACCACCUUAUCACGGUGAAGGGGUUUGCGUGCCCUUCUGAUCCCAGGAGCUAUGUUGUCGGGGACAGUUUGUCCCUGGUAGGGUCUCCCAAGGCAAAUUGGUCAUGGGUAAAGGGCCAGACCAAGUGUGAUUCUAAAGAGUUCGAUGAUGAGAAGUUACUUGACAGAAUCUUGGUUACCAGGGCCCCUUCAUAAGGCCAAGCUUAGUCAAGGGGCUUUUUAUUAAAAACCUAUUAUUCAUGGGUCCUGGCUGACCCCAGUUACUCCAGUGAACCCAUCACCUGCUGGAGGGGCCAUAGUGGUCCAGUGUUAUGUGGAUCGGGGGCUAAAACUGGUUUGUGAUAUACGGUGAUAAUCAAGUGUUUCUUUUUGAGCAGUGUACAUUGUUGGCUAUCAUACAUAAUGAGAUGGAAAGGUUUUCUAAAAUGUCCACUCAGGCAAAACAAGCUUUGUUAACUCCAGCUGCUGUAGGUGGAGAGCAGUGACCAGUGUAUAAAGUCACACUUCAUACAUGGAUUUAUUAAAUUUACUGCUAAUUAUUAAACAUUCAUUGUUUUAUGGUUUGAUUUUUUCCCCACCAGAUUGGUCACUGACUGAAAUAUUAUGUUAUAGAUUAGAAGGUGGGUAUUUUGUUAGUGUAAUGCCAAGUUUUAAUUUUUUUUAAUGAAGUUCCAUGUUUUCAUUAGUUAAGUGCAUAUUCUAAAUUAUUAUAAUUAAAUUCUGAGGGUUUUUUUUUUUUUAAUGUUCUAGUCUUGUUGACUCACAGUUUCUAUUGUCUCAGUGGUCAUGAUGGUACUUAUGUAGAUGUUUGAGUAUAAAACUUUACUUACAAUGUUUACAGUUUUAAACCAGUCAAGCAGACAUGUCAGCACUGCAGGUAUUAAUAAUAGCUAUUAAAACAAUACCUCUUUUUAUACUUUUUAGAAAGGUAUUCUGGUACUGCCUUAAGUUUUUGUUUUGGCUGCUUCACUUUUGUAAAAGGUUAAUUAGCAUAUUUAACAGCUGUUUAUAAACAAGCUUCUAAAGUCAUGUCAGUGAAACCCUCUGAUCAUCUGUUUUAUGUUGAAUUCAUUUGUGAACUACGAGUAUACAAACUUAAGACAGAAAGCAAAGUCAGCAAAAACAGAAUUUAUGAAA